AUGCAUGCAAUCACGCCAAAAAUACUCUUUGCUACUGCCCUCCUUGCAUGUUAUGUUGCUGCUAGCAGCCCCGGUUCCGACUCGGAUUACACCAUUUCAGGAUUCGACGUCAAGACCCUGGGCGUCGGAGCCAAUGGUGCCACAACAUAUGUUAUUUCUCCGGAUGCGAGCGGCGUAACGUUGCAAGACGGUGGUGUCGAUGGACCUGCUACUAUCGUUAACGGCGCCUCUACUUUUGGGUUGACAUACAUUGACCCCACCAGUAGCCGCGCCUUUUUCCAGAACUGCGGCAUUAGCGAUGGAGUUGCUGUCUGUACCGACGUUGCGGAGCUGAGGGGAGCGACGUCCUUUACUACUACUACCGUUGUUACCGAGACGUUAUCGACCUACCCGGUCCAAGCUACUACCUCCGCUAGCGUGUCAACUACUUCCACCGGUGUCACGUCCACCAGGUCCAUCACCGUUUCGGCUUCUGGUUCUACUACAACCAACACGACCCAGAAUAAGACCAGCGAUGGAGUGAAAGCCAUGUUCACUCCUUCCUAUCUGUUGUUGGGUUCUGUGGUUGCCAUUCUCAUGGUUUUGUGA